AUGGCUUGCACUGCCGAGGGUCGCAGCGCUAAUGGAAGGAGCUGCCGCCACACGCCCGCAGCCAACUUGCCCGUUCGCCUCGUGCGCGAGAGUGAAGCCCCCGGCACGACCAGCAGCCCGCCCUCGGGUGCGGGGCGCGCGCACCACGAGCCCCCCGCCCGCUCGCUGCCGCGCGGUCCCGCCCCCGGGGCCGACGGCAGCCGCGCCAGGCGCGUGCGCGUGCGCGCGCCGGCACGAGGCCCGAUGCCGGGGUCCGCCUGUCAGUCAGGCAGGUGCGGGCGGCUCGUAGCGUCGCGUUCCCGCCCAGCGGGCCGCCCCGGGACGGAGGUGGGCGAGGAGCGCGUGCGCGGCGGCGGCGGCCGUGGCGGCGGCCCGGGUUCCAACCUCGGGUCGGUCGGUCAGCCAGUCAGUCAGUCAGUCAGGUGCCGGCGGCGGGAGUGCGGCUCCGAAGGGCCUCUGAGCGGACGUGGCGGCGGCGGGACGGGCUGCCCACCAGUUGAGCGCCGAAUGCUGAGGCAGCUGAGGAGGAAGAUUGGAAAAUUAAGGAUGCUCAUACCAAGUGGAAAAAAUCAUUUAUUCCCACUGACCAAGAACUGUAUCCAGAAAGAGAGAGAGGCAUGCCAAAUCUAAUGGAUUCCACUUUUCGCUGUGUAAAUAAGACAGCGUCGUGCCCAGAGUUCCUCUCCUCCAGAGAAAUAUCCGAGAAAUAAUAAGGAAGAUGGUGAAGGAGUAACACGUGGAGAUCACCUUCCUCUCCACAAAUACAUCAAAAAUACAUCUACAUGUGGAACAACUCCUACAGAGCACCUACUGAAUGCUGGCAGAAGACCUCAGACUUCCCAAAAGGCAAGAAACUCCCCACAUACCUGGGUAGGGCAAAAGAAAAAAGAAAAACAGAGACAAAAGAA